AUGGCACCUUGUACACCUACCAACACAAAAACAUCAACCAAGGAGACAGCACAAGUGCAAGUGGCACUUCGUGUUCGUCCUCUCACAUCGCAAGAUCGUGCUCAGCCAAGGUUCUCCCAAUCGACCGAAUCCGAUGUCGUGCAGAUCCACAAUGACAGCCUCACGGUCGUACCACAUCAUAAAAGCUUCUCAUUCGAUCACGUGUUUGGCACCGACAGCACGCAAGAGCAGGUCUUUUCUACUGUAGCAUCCAACAUGGUGGAUCGAUUCAUUGAUGGAUACAAUGUGACAAUCUUAGCAUAUGGCCAAACUUCAUCAGGCAAGACAUACACGAUGGGCACCGAAAUAGGACAUGACCAACGUAACCCUGAACAUGAAGGCAUUAUCCCAAGAGCUAUGACUGCCCUUUUCAAUAAGCUGGGUCAUGCCAAGAAUAAACGUCCAAACAGUACUAUCGUGCCACCAUCAUCACAACAACAAAGUGGGCUUCCGCGGCGACCCAUGCAGACAUCUCCUAACAACAAUACAUCACCAUCAUCAACAACAUCACCACCACCUACUCGAUUACGACCCAUGUCCAUGAUGGUGAAUCGACGUGUAUCCACAAGUUCACUUAAUGAUCAACAUCGUGAGCAUGCACAGCAAAGCAAAUCAUCAAGGUGCACCGUCAAAGUAUCCUUCGUGGAGAUCUAUAAUGAAGAGUUGGUGGAUUUAUUAAACCCGGCACCGGCAUCGGAACGACCACCCGUCACUGUGCGUGAAGACCCCAAGGGCCAGAUUUAUUGGACCGGUGUUAAGGAGGUACCUGUCGAAAGUACAGAUGAUGUAUUGAGAUACUUGCAGAUGGGUACUCUUAAUCGAGCCACUGGGUCAACCGAUAUGAAUGCCAAAUCAUCACGUUCGCAUGCCAUCUUUUCAGUUACGCUAAAGCAAGAAAAAUGGGUACCAGCAACAACAUCAACAACCUCACCUGCAUCAUCCAAAACCACCACCACCACUACAUCAUCAGGCAUUCGACAACCACAAUCGACUCGAUCAACAAUGAUUGGUAGACGUAGUAGUACAAUGAACGUGCGUGCUAUGGUGGGCCAAAUGGAAAAGCAGCAGCAGCAUGAUGAUGAUAAUGGCAAAUGGGUCAUUAGCCAUUCAAAGUUCCAUUUUGUCGAUUUAGCCGGCUCUGAACGAUUGAAAAGGACAGCAGCACAAGGUGAUCGACGCAAAGAAGGGAUCAAUAUCAAUGCUGGGUUAUUGGCGCUGGGAAAUGUUAUUUCGGCAUUGGCGGAUAGCCAUCAUUAUUCCUCAUCAUCACCUUCCUCCUUGAAACAACGUCCGACACCUCAUAUUCCUUAUCGUGAUUCUAAGCUCACUCGACUGCUGCAAGAUUCACUUGGUGGAAACGCCACAACGCUCAUGAUUGCUUGUAUUAGCCCUGCCGAGGUUAAUCUUGUGGAGACUGUCAAUACGCUGAAAUACGCCCAUCGAGCUCGCAAUAUCAAAAAUCGUGUCGAACGCAAUGAGACUGAAGAAUGGCUCACCAAUGAUAAUCCAGAAUAUCUACGUGGCCUCAUCAACAAGCUCAAAGCCGAAGUACGUCACCUAAAGACACAAGCAGCUGCAAACAACCAAGCAUUACCACCAUCACCCCAAUCGUUGCCAACACCAUCCGUAUCCAUGGAUAAUGUUUCAGCUACUACUACGACCACCACCACCAUCGCAGAAGACAAUGUAGCGGAGUUGAGACGCCAAAUUGUGGAAUUGCAAAAGGAAGUAGCAAUGGCACGAGAACGCAAUCAGCACGUGGAAAAGGAGCUGCAGCGAAAACAGGAUUUGGAUUUUCAGCAUCUUGUUGAACCUGUCAUUGCUGAGUAUGAGAAGUCUGUAUCAGCAUUGGAGUCACAACUCGCUAUGGCGCGCGCUGCCCUUUCGCAUUCAGAUCAAGCACUUGCUGAGCAAGAAGCCAAACUUGCACAAUACGCAACAUUGCAUGAGAAUGAGCAAGAGACUUUAUCAGAGCUCAAGGCACGCUUGGCCAAGUCUACAGAACGUGAGCAGACCAAUGAGAACUAUAUCGCUGAACUCGAAGGCAAGCUUGCUCGUACCGUGGAUGAAGCUUUGGAGGAUCAACAAAUGUUGACGGACUUGCGCCAAAAACUUGUCAAGUUCAAGGAGAUGGAUGAGAGCACUGAGCAAUACAUUCAUGAUAUCGAGACUCGCUUGGCACAUUCAGAGCAAGAACGUGAUCGAUUAUUGGAACUUUGUAAAGAAGCUCAGACCAAGCUUUCAGAACAACAAAGUCAACUUGAUACCAUCCGAAAGCGAUUGUCCACCACUGGCAAAGAUGCGGAUCAACAAGCACUGUUAAUUGAAGAUCUUGCACGCUCUGAAACCCGUUGCCGUGAAUUGGAGAACGAGUUGCUUAGGUUAAGGGAUACAUUGCAUACUCGCGAAGAACAAGUUGUCCAAGAUCAGCAUUUAUUACAAGUGGCGGAAGAGCAACCAUCUGCAUUACCCCGAGAAAAGUCACUCAAGGAUGAAUUGGCCGUUGAGGAAGCAACCAUUGAAAUACGGGAUCGACUUGCUCAAAAGACGGCUGAGAUCGAAGUGCUUGAGAAAAAGCUUCUCGAAAGCAGUGGAUCGGUGGAAUCGCUCAAGGAGGAAGCCCAACAAAAGACAACCAAGGUUGAAGAGCUUUCAAAGCAGCUAGCUGAUAUGCAAGAGGCGCAUGCAGAGUGGAUCAAAACGCGUGAACAACAACAGCUUGAAAUGACUCGUCUUGAAACCUGUUUGAAAGAAGCACGUGUUGCCAUGGAGACGACACAGCAAGAGCUGCAAACAUUACAAGCAACACAUGCAUCGGAGCUGCAUGACGCACAGGCCACAGCACAUCAAGCAUUGACUGAUCAAGAGCAACGUUUCCAAGCAAUUCUUGAACAACGCAUGGAUGAAGCUGAACAAGCUCGACAAGAUGCCCAAGUCCUGCUUCAAGUACAAGAACGUCAACAAAGCAUCAUUGGAACUUUGGAAGAGAAGAUGCGUGCCAUGGAUGAACUUGUGCAGAGCCUUCGACAACAAUUGGCUGAUCGUGAUCGACAAAUCAAUGAGCUAGAGCGUAUCAACAAUGACAAAUCACAAAUGGUCAAGGAUCUUCAGGAUCGUGUACAACAAGUCCUUUAUGAAGUGCGUACGGUUGGACUUGAACGCAAUCAGCUUGAUGUUGUCAUUCAAUUCCUUGAAGCGGCUCUGAGACAGCAAGAUCGCAAAGCUGAUAAGGCGAUGUUGGCUAUUCAAGAUCUUCAAAUGCAUUGUACCGGUCGCAGUGAUCAAGUCCAUGAAAAAUCCGACAGCAUUGAUCAACUUGAGCAAGAGAAAAAGUCAUUGGAGCGUGCCCUUGUUGAUAUGACACGGCGUGUGAAGAAGCAUGAAGCACUCAUUGCCACUUUUCAACAACAGCUUCGGCUUAGUCAAGAGGCUCUUACGGAGCAAGAUGAGGCUAUGGAUCAAAUCAAGGUCGAAGUUGAGGAAGCGAAACGGAUACGAAGUCGCAUGGAUGAAGUUGAAAAGGAUUUGGAGAAGACACGCAAUGAACGAGAUACCCUUACCAAUGAAUUGGCAUCAUUUAAGAAGCAGCUUGAGAAUGCAGAGAAGGCACUUGCUGAGGAAGCUCAAAAGUCAACACGAUUGCAAAGCAGCAUUGCUACGUUGGAGCACACCUUGGAUACUGAACGUUCACUGAUUGCAGCCAAUGAUACGACUGGAAUGAUGUCAAUGUUGCAAGACAAAUGCAAAGCGCUGGAAAAGGUCAAAGAUGAGCUUAUGCAACAACUACAACAUGCGAACACGACAUUGGAUGAAACACGACGUGAUAAGGAUAAUACGGUUGCUUCAUUGGAAUCAUUAUUGCAAACAACACAAGCACGACUUGAUGAAGCUGUUGCCAGCCAUGCUCAACAAUGCAAGCAAAUUGAAGCUCUUCAACAACAUCAACAGCAACAACUUUCUGCCAAUGGAAGAAGGAGACGAUUGACGAAUGAGAGCCAAGAUAGCGGAUUACCUGAUGAACGACACUUGUCGAGUCUUGCGAAACGAGAUCGUGAUCAUCGAAUGGGACGAUCAUCACACAGCGGCAGUAGUGAGGAUCUUCCAGCCAAUGCAUCUCGACAGCACGUGAGGAUGUCGACACAUGAUCCAACACUUGAAUCAAUACACAAGCUUCAGGCACGAUUUCGAGAAAAAUUGACGAGCUCCGAAGGCCAAGAAGAGUUGCUUGAUAAGCUACUUCAAUUGAUGACUGAAAAUUCGCAAUUAUCAGUGCAAGUCAAUGAUCUCGAAGGACAAUUGGUGACCCAGCGUAGUCAAUCAGCACUUGAGAAUAAGAGCUUGGAGCUUGAAGUGAUGAAGUUAUCAGCUGCCAACGAACGAUUGGAACGUGAAAUGGAACAAGCCAUGCCUCGUAGCCAUAGCAACGCAUCGAUUGCAUCAACACGAAGCCCACGCAAUUCAAUUUUGCUUAUGAAUGCAUCAUCUCCACCACAAACACCACGCGUUGGGUCGCCCAAAGUGUUUGCACGUCAAUCAUGCACGCUUGGCAAAUCAGCAUCAUUUCGUAUUGUACGUGAUGUUGAACCAAGUCUUUCAACACCAGCUGCUAGUAAACGGGCAUCAGCAACAUCCAUUCGACCUACCAUGCCACGACCACGUGUACGAGCACAAUCCACUGUGUUACCACCACCAUCCGCUCCACCUUCCAAUCCACUUCCUCCUGUUCCAGCAAGGACUCGUUCUUCUCUCAUCAUCAAUCAAAGCGAACCCAUUUCUCCUUCACCUUCAUUUUCCACACCCACUGGUUUGCAACGUCAAGAUUCAGUAGCUUCUUCCACUAUUAGUGAGAUGCUCAGCAGUGAUGGCAACUUUACUACUGAACAAUACGAGAAGAUCAUUCGAUCAUUACAACGCCGUGCACUUGCUGCUGAUCAAGAUAUUCGUGCUCAUCAAGAAGUUAUCAGCAAACUCGAGUUUCAGCUUACGGGUGCAGAAGAUGCGGUCCGUAAUGUUCGACGUCAACUGGAUACUGCUCACCGUGAAAAACAAACGUACAUGCUUGAGAUUGAAAACCUGCGCUCCUCCUCGUUACCACCUGAAGUGCAACAACAUCAACAACAGCCACAGUCUGCUGAUAGCCAACUCAAACGUUUACAAGAAGAAUUGGCUGCUGAACGUGCUCUCAAAGAUAAGGCUGAAAAGGCUCGUGUCAUUCUCGAAAAUCGUAUGGAUCAGCUCAUGACAAAGCGAAACAAGUUCAUGUGCUUUUAA